AUAUUGGCUACACUGUUGUCAGGAUGUUCGUGUUGUGUUGACAAACCGCGCGAAUGCAUGUUUUCGUUUUAUGGAAAAUAGUGUAAUUUUUUAUGGUUAUAGUGUAUUGUAGUAAUUAACAGUUAUGGCUUCAUUUGUGACUGAAAUUGUGCGAUGUGCUGAUAAAGUGGAAUUGGAUGAUUUAAAUAAAAACAUCGAAGACUUGUCACGAUCAGUGUUUAAUUUGAAAUGUGAAGUUGCAAAAGAAAUGGAAAACACAUAUGUAAGCUUCUUAAAAAUGCCAGCAAAAAAUAAAAAAUUGAUGUUGGAGGUUAAACAGCAAAGUGCCCGAAUGGAAAUUAUUCAAGACAAGGUUGAUAAAAUGGUAAAGCAUGAACUAGAAAGCUCCACUGGCGAACUGCACACUUUGUCAACAAAACUAAUGGAAGUGGGCCUGAAAUUAGGUCAUGUCACUCAGUUGGUACUAAUGGACAACGCUCUCCAGGCUGCAGUAAAUGCACAUGAAGCACAGGAAUUUCCACAAGCAGCAAAACACACACAGCACUUACUUCAUUUACUGGAUGAUCUUUCUCCUGAAAAUGCCUCAUUAAAAAUUUACACGUCUUUACGAAGUGAGGCACGCCUCAUACAGGAACGUUUGUUGUAUGAUCUUAAGGAAGUGUGGAAAACAGGCUUGCGAUGGGAGGAACCUGAACCAGACAUUGAGGGUCUGGGCCUGAAAGACAGCAUGACAAAGAGGAAGAAACCUUAUCGCGCUGCUCUGCAUGUAGAUACUUCCUGUCUAAACAAGCUGGAAGGUGUCUUCAUUGCUCUCUCCAUUCUUGGGAACUUUGACUACCAUGUGAGCAAGUUUGCAUCGAAUUUCAUGCGAUUAGUGCUUCAACCCCUUACAACGCAAGAAGGUCAAGUGAAUGUGCUGCAAGUGACAGAUGACAACAGUGAAGCACUUCUGGAGAUUGAGACACAUCCCAACAAAACACAUCCUUCUUACAUGUCUGUUCUUCAAAACUUACGGAAGGUGUUUGAGUUCACAAGGCAGUACCUCAUCCUGCAAGUGGAGGAUGCACGAGAUGGGGAGCCGUUGGUCACUCUAGUGAACCGCAUGGGGGCAGUCAUAGGAGCCCAGCUCUGCGAGAUGCUGGUUACUGGAUGUCUGGCCCACACAGUCCCUGCCUAUGGUCACGAUUUGAAUACGUUUCGCCAGGCUGCUGCCGAAGCUGAGGCCUUCCACCAUGAGCUGAAGUCAAUCGGAUUUCUGCCAGAAGAGAAUGAAUCACUUGUCAAAUAUGCAGCCAAUAUUGAUGUGUUGUUUGCCAACAAAAUUUGUGAGCUUCAUUUGCACACUGCAAGAGAAAUAGCUCGAAAAGAUUUACAUGACACAAUGGAUGUUGGGAUUAUUAUCCCUAAGCAAGAAUUACCAUGUAAAGAUGAUGAGCCUGACAUUAAACCCAUUGAAAAAUUGAGUGAUUAUACAUUCCAAUUUCCUAAGUGUCAAAUAAGCAAAAGUGCCCAUGAGCUCGUGGAGCUGCUGAGGCGUCUUUUGGCUGAGGCAGAGAAGGGGAGCGAUGUGAGUUCAGGACGGCUGCUGCUCACAGCCCGCCAGGUAGUCGAACUGUAUUGGGCUGUUUCACAUACUCACCAUCAGCAAAUGCUUAGCACAAUCCCACAACAAGUUGCUCUCUUCCACAACAAUUGUAUGUACAUAGCCCAUCAUUUGGUAACACUUGGGGCUGAACACCAAGGACAAGGUUUUGGAGUGAAUUUCUUGGAUCAAGUUCAAGGAUUACGAGAAUUAGGUGCUAAUGUGUUGCUUCAGUGCACACAAACUAGCCGACAGCAAAUCAUUAAUAUUCUCCGAGAAUCAGGUUGCCUACUGAAUGCCUUGGUGGAAGAGUUAGUGCUACGUAUUGUGAAUCUUGAAGAUAUACCAGCGCACGUGGCAACUCUGCUUGCUGCAAUGUUUUCUGAUGUUCUUGAACGUGCUCCUCAAGUUUUUCCAGAUACACGGGAAGUGCAUCGUCACGUGCACAAGUGGCAUCAAUUGGAGGCUCUUGUUAAAGUAUUGAGAGCAUCUCUAACUGAGAUUGCUGACAACUGGGCAAGUGGAGCUGGUCCUUUAGCACGAGCAUUUUCAGCAAAUGAACUUAAACAACUCAUCCGAGCCCUUUUCCAAAACAACAAGCGUAGAGCUGCAAUUUUAGCUCUCAUCAAGUAACUUAUGUGUCAACUUGUGCUAAAUAAAUUAAUGAGUUUUAUCACACCAAUCACACCAGUACAAUCUUAAGUGAACAGGUGGUGUGACUUCCAGAUAGGUGGCUUCCACCGUGAUAUUUGCCUCAUCAUGCACACAAAUUAGUACUGCUACUGCCUUACAAAACACAGCCACUUCAACUGCAUAUGCAUUUCUGAAAUGAAGUGAAAGAAGAUUUCUAUAUUGGAGUGAAGAAUCCAUUUUGGAACAUUGUAUUAUCAUUUGCCUCUCAUGUGUUGGUGUGUUGUUGAAAUGUUGUGGGUUGUAACAUACACAACCAUAUGUAUAUUAAAACAAAAGAAAAAACAGACCAAAACAAACAUUAAUUUUGAAUUUUUCAUGUAACAUCAUGGGAAUUUUAUUUGUUAUCUGCUAAAUGAGUAACUCAAAAUACAAAAAUGAAUCUGUGAUUUGAAGAUGGAAAUAAGUUUUUGAUGCACAAUUUUGAGCAUGCUAAUAAUAUCCGCACCUAGCAUCUGGGGCAGUUAUGUACUCCAUAAAAGUUGUUGGGCUGCUCGGUAACUACAAUUUUGCAUUUCUGUGAUGUAAAGAAUCGUUUUUAUCCCCUGGACUUAUUUUCUUUACAACAGGGCCACCGAGCCUACUGUUCCAAAGAGGAGCUGCCAUUUGCUCCCUCCCUUUUUGGGUAGCUUGGUGAUGGCGAUGAUCAAGGUCUUCAUAAAAUAGUUCAAUCACCGGGUUUGGAAACGUAAGAUGUCUUCUCUACGUGGUAUUAUAUUCACCUUCUCGAUGGUUUUGAAAUGUAAGAUAACAAAAGAUAUCUAUGACUGUUGUCAUAAAAGCAUUUAGGUGUUUCCUACCUGAUAGUUCUUCUGUGCGAGAAACAGUAUUACCAACUCCCUCACUAUUAGUAAUAUAUGAUUAAUCACAGUUCAUACAAUGAAUACAGAAAUUUCUCGGUUGUUUUCCAAUCAUUAGAAUUUGUAGAUGACAAUAGAACACUUACUUCAGCUGGACAAGUUUUAUUUUUACACUGAUCUAGUUUCAAGAACAACAAAGAAAAUGUAUAUCUCAACUCUUUUUAAUCGACUUAUUUCCUCUUUAAACUCACUGAUUCAAACGCUGUUGGAUUUUGUUGGUGAAUUUGAUGCAUAUGUACUAUUAAAACUGCUUGUAAUAUAUUGUUGCUUAACAAUGAGCCUUUUGGAAAUUUUUGAAGGUGUGCUAGCUUGUUGAAACUUUUCUACUCUGUAUUGAAUAAUCAUGUAAAAAAGGAGGAAAACUACCUCUCCAUGUUAAAUAUUAAAUUAAUUUAUUUCCUUGUUUCAAAGAAUGAAGUUAUUUUUUCUUUUAAUUAUGUUGGUUUAUUGUGAAUCAAUGCUCAGAUCAUGUUUUUGACUGAUAAUGUUGAGAAAUCCAUUGUCCAUUUCAGCAGAUGCUAUGCAAAGGGAAAGUGGUGAGUUGUGGACACAAAAGACUGGAAAUGUCACAAGUUUCAAGAGGAAGGGUUCACACAAUUUAGAUAACAUAUGAAUAAUUAGAUAUUAAUAACAUAUUAGAAAAUAUCCAAUUAACUAUAACGUUUGUCCAAGAAGAAAUAAAAUUACUCUUCCCUUAAGCACAGUAGUAUUGUGUGAAACAAGUGGGACGAAUGUCCACAUGGCAUUUACUGCUAAUAAAUUUUGUUUUCCACUUGCAACCUUCAAGGACACACCUUUCUAUUUCUUUUUUCUCUGGCCAAACGUCUCAAUAUGAGAAUUUUCCCUAGUUUUAGGAACACUUUGCUCGUUAGAAUUUUUGCUCAUGUUUUCAUAUCCAUGAAUGAGUUGUUGCAAAAAUAUGAGAAGCUCAUAAACAAUUUCUUGCUUUAUUUUGUUGAUUCAUCAAAAAUUUAUAAGUACUACAAAAGCAUCAAGCAAGUAAACAAAACUUGGACACUACCCCUUUCUCUAAUUUUUAAUCUAUUUGUAGCUGCAGACUACUCCUUUCUGUCCACACUUUCUAUAGCUUUAUUAUUUGUCUUAAAUAAUGUGAUUAUGUAACAGACACUUUGACAAGGAGACAAUAUAAGUUUCUUUGUAUCGCUAUCAUUAUAUUCACCUUCUCUAAAAUUUCAUUUCCAGAAAGACUAAAACAAUGUAUGUUACUUUCACUUGAGAACAAGUUUUGCAAGAGUCCUGGGUACAUUGCAGCCACUGAAACAUAUUACUAAGUAAUUUCAACAAUUGUUAAAAUACAAAAAUAAAAAUUAGUGCAAGUAGCACUAUUUAAUAUAAAAAACAUGUCGCUAGUUCAAUAAUUUUAGAGUUAUUAUGACUGAAGUAUUCCCCUAAUGCUCAACCUCAGAGAAACUUAUCUCUAUAUUCACUAUUAUCUGUAUAUACAAAAAUGGAUGUUGGGAUGUUCCAGAUCGAUGAACUCUGACGCUGAUUGACCAAUCCCCCUGAAUGUUGGCAUCUAUGUGCAUUUUUCUUGGAGAAGGCUUUUAUGCUGUUCAUUU